GCACAACGCUGGUGUGAUAUAUCGUGAUCUCAAACCAGAAAACAUUCUCUUAGAUUCUGAUCUCCACAUUCAGCUGGUGGACUUCGGGCUGUCCAAGUGGUUGUCCAUCGGCUCGCGGACCACGACGCUCUGCGGCACACUCAAAUAUAUGGUGUGGGACUCGAUGCGUUGCAUAUUUUAAACUCGAAAUGGCGCAAUACGUCGCACACGACCUUUCCGAUACCCCACUGAAAAUCUUCGGAAGUCUGUAAUCGAAAUAUUAUUGGGCGAUUAUGUCAGUAUUCGAGGCGAGUGCGCGCGCGACUUGCCAGUGACGGGCGAGAUGAACGCACGCAGCAUAGAGUUCGAAAUGUCCAUGGAGGGUAGGCAAGUGGACGAGGUGGUCGCCAGCAUCUUCCACACGGUGCUGUUCCAUCGCUCGAGCGGCAAGUUCACGUACAACAACGAGGAGAGCUACUCGAUACGGACGGUCAGCUACGUGGACGUGGACUGCGACUUCAUCGACUUCACGUACGUGUGCUGCGAGUCGGAGGCGCUGGGCCGCCUGGUGCGGCGCGAGGUGUCGGACUUCUCGGAGCUGCUGCGCGGCGCCGACGGCUCCAGCCCGCCGCGCGGCUCUAUCAGUCUCGAGUUCUUCCAGAAGCGCCGAGCGCGCUGGCCCUUCCAGCCCGAGUGCGUGCCCUGGGAGGUGUGGACGGUCUGCUGCGAGCUCACCGAGUCCCGCAACGAGCAGGACAUGCACGCGAAGCACGAGAGCGUCGUCGAGAUGCUGCAGGACAAGAUCGUCUUCAUCACGGAGAUCAUCAACCGCCACGAGUACGUCCCGAAGAUGCCGAGCCGGUCGGAUGCCGACCUCAUCUUCGACACGACGUACGCGGACAUCCAGCCGUACCUGUUCAAGAUCCACUACAACCUGUCCGGCGCCCCGCCCACGUCGGUCGGCAACACGGUCCGGAAGCUGAUACGCGACACGCUGUCCUUGUGAUGUACGGUGACCUGCUGUGCUCUGUACUUUCUGAACCGGGACGUGAACGGAUCGUUUUAUAUAUUUGGGUUGCUGGUUUUAAAAUUUUGUGAUAUCGUUUGGGAGCUGGUCUACGCGAGGAGAGGUCCGUGAGUUAUUAUUUUGGAUCCUUUCGUCCCAGAACGUGACGUCGCACGUGUUUGAUUUUGUUGAACUUUAGUUAGAGUUUUAUUCAUCAGAAGUGCAAUUAUAUUAUUGUGAACGGGGAGAAUGUAAAUAAUUAAAAUUAUAUCGUACCUAUAUUUAUAUAUAAUUAUAAUAUAUAAUAUUAUUCGCAAUGUUGUAACUGCAAUAAUGUACUUAUGCUAAUAUUUCGCACUAUCGAAAUGUAAUUAUUUAUUAUUUUAUUAUUUCACGCGGACUAAUAAUUGUUUAAGUCGCUUUUGCGUAAUGUUAAUAAUAAAACUUUUCGUUUCUAUAUAAUUAGUCGUAAUAUCAAUUAUAAUUAUAAUAAACGGAGCUCUAGCUCGAAAAGCUGGUUGAAGUGUCCAUUUAAUUUUUUUUUUUAAGAUUUGACAAAUGUUUUCUUUCAUUAUAUCCUAGUUAUUUUUCGUAUUAACGUUAAAAGUAUAGUUUACAGUCAUAGGUUUAAAAUAAGACGAAUUAUAUUAUAAACAGUUUUAAGUUGUAGCUGUAACGUCACUUAUCAAAUUCUGACACGUAGAUUUUUUUUUUGUGUUAUACGUGUUAGUGGCGAAUAAUUCAAAUUGUUAUUAAAAUUAAUUUUAGAAUUUUAUGAACAUCAAUAAUUUUAAGAUUAACGACUGAGUUUACGCUCGGUGUAAUAUAGUAUAGUCUAUUGACUAUUGGGUGUUUUAUAUUAAAAAAAAAGAAAAUGCUUUGUGAUAUUUGCAUGAAACAUAUAUAUGUAUAUUAAAUAUUAUUUUGUGUGUCAACGUUUUUAGAUUAGAUCGUCGUAUCGAAGAUAUUAAUUCUAUAAUAUAAGUGUUGUAUAUAUUUAAAUGUAUAGGAGAAUAUUACAAAUUUUCUCAUUUAAUAUUUUUCUUCAGAUAGUGAAUUUAUUUCAACAUUGAGAGCUUUAUGAAACUAAUGCUUAGUUAAUGGUAUAUUAUUUCCACGAUUCUGAAGCGCGGAUUGGUUGGUAUCAAAUAUUUAUUACGUCGCUUAUGGAUAGUGGAAGUCGUCCCACAUAGAAAGGUGCAUGAGAUAUCAUAGUAUGUAUUUAUGUAGGUAACAAAUUGUUUCGCCUUCCGUUUAUUUAAACAAUAAAACUAAAUUUUCAUAUUAUAAAGUAAGUAGUGUUUAGUGUUAUAACAUAUAAAACAACAACCAUAGGUCUGAAUCUUCACCUCGAUAUAUUCUUACACAGAUACAAAAUUCUAUUGAAAUAGAAUAUUUUUAGCGUAUAGAGAACUAUUCAUUUUUAUAUUAUAGCAGUUUAUUAUGUAUCAAAUGUCACUAAAUAAUACAAUGUAUCGCCCUCUUUAACUGUAAUUAUGAACUCUUAAAGUAUAUAUCAAGGCACGUUAAUCUAUAAUUGAGUUCCUUCUUAACUGAGGCUGUAAUAUCACGUCGGUCCAUUCGUAAACAUCAGAUAGUAAUCGCGUAUAUUACAGAUGAAAAAUAUAUUAUAGCCUUAGAAGUUGAAAAAUUGCUCUUUAAAUAACUAGUUACCUGUUUAAUCUGUACAAGAACCCGAAAAUGUAAAAAAUGUUCUAGAAUAAAGAAUGGAUGAUUGAUACUAAUUGUAAAAAAAUAUAAGAGCUCGCACUACACGUGACAGGAGUGACGCAAUGCAUUAGGAAUGGUCCAUAGAUAUCCGACCUAGAAAUGGCUCUCAUCGCGCCAUAGAGGGACCUCGGUAUUCCGUUUGGUUUCGUUGUCUUUUUAAUGUUCUCUUACAUCUGGGCGGAGGAAUGAAUCCAUCCAUGUUUAAACUUCUAAUUAUUUACUUUCCUACCUCAUUUUGUGACUCUAGCUUUAGCGUGUUCGCAUCUCUAUUGGAAAAAUAGUUUCCUAUAUGUAACUAUAAUUAACAAUAUAAUUUCGUCGCCAAAGAUGAGGCUGUACAUUGCAAUUGCUGAUUGAUUAUUCAAAUUUUACUAUAACUUAUAUAAUAUGAGGAUUGUAUACUAUAUUGCAAGGGCAGGAGUAGAUGUGGAAAGGCACAUUUAUAUAUUACAUGAGAUUUUCUAAUAGCUUGUUAUGCUCCAAAAACAGUUAUCGAUUAAUAUAUUUUCAUUUAUAAUGACUGUUAACUGUAUUCCACUCAUAUUCAUUUUAAUUUCAGUGCAACUCCGCCGACAUUAAAAAUGCGAUUUUAUGGUAUUCAUUAUAAAACCAUAGAUUAUUUUAGACCGACCAAUGAUGUCAAAUCAAUUCAAGGUCACAGUUGUCUAUUUCUCUUUACUCCCGCAAUUGCAAUAGGCUAUAGUUAUUUAUUGUGCCCGUGUCGGUUCCAUAUCAGCUAGUACCUCGUUAAUUCCCCCGACUGGAUCGUUUAACAAUAAUCCAGUGUUACGACAAUAUGAAUUAUCUAAACAUUACCUUGAUGGCGUGCCUCGUUCUUAAUGUUAUUUUGGGCACUGUAAAUUUUAAUAAAAUUGCACUUGCUAUGGCCUUAUUUGAAAGAUGAAUAUAUCUUAAUGUGGAUGGCUGUUACAUGUUAGUGUAUGAUGAAAGUUAGUAUAUGAUGUGAUUUAUGAGUUCAAAAAUAAACAAAAAUCUUAGUCUUGUGAUAAUUUAUAUAAAAAUGUGAAUAAAUGAUGGAGUAUUAA